GAAUUGCGUCAUUUCCUGUUGACAGCGGAAGGGGGAAGUCAUUGGGGUGUGCAGUUCUAACCGGCGUGUGCGAAAAUGCAAGUUCCCCAGCUCCUGGUGCUUUUCGGCAGCCAGACUGGCACAGCCCAGGACGAGGCCGAGAGGCUAGGCCGCGAGGCCCGGCGCCGGCGGUUAGGUUGCUCCGUGCAGGCUUUGGACUCAUACUCCGUGGCGAAUCUCAUUAGGGAGCCCCUGGUGAUAUUUGUUUGUGCGACCACAGGCCAAGGAGACCCUCCUGACAACAUGAAGAACUUCUGGAGGUUCAUAUUCCGGAAGAGCCUGCCAUCCACCUCCCUCUGUCAAAUGGAUUUUGCUGUCCUAGGCCUCGGGGAUUCCUCAUAUGCCAAGUUCAACUUUGUGGCCAAGAAGCUACAUCGCAGGCUGCUGCAGCUAGGAGGCAGUGCCCUCCUGCAACCGUGUCUAGGUGAUGACCAGCAUGAGCUGGGGCCUGAUGCUGCCAUUGACCCCUGGGUAGGAGACCUUUGGGAGAAGAUAAUGGUUAUGUACCCAGUACCCCUCAACAUUCCUGAGAUUCCUCAUGGAGUCCCCUUGCCCUCCAAGUUCAUCUUCCAGUUUCUUCAGGAGGUCCCUAGCAUAGGGGCUGAGGAGCUGAACAUAGCCAGCUCAGCCCCUCAAACACCCCCAUCAGAGUUACAGCCCUUCCUGGCACCUGUGAUCACCAACCAGAGGGUCACUGGCCCCCAACACUUUCAGGAUGUUCGGCUAAUUGAGUUUGACAUUACAGACUCAAAUAUCAGUUUUGCUGCUGGUGAUGUUGUAUUAAUUCUGCCCUCUAACUCGGAGGCCCACACCCAGCAGUUCUGCCAACUGUUGUGCCUGGACCCCAAUCAGUUUUUCACACUUAAGCCACGGGAGCCAGGUGUCCCUUACCCACCAGGGCUGCCUCAGCCCUGCACUGUGUGGCACCUUGUGUCACAGUACUUGGAUAUUGCCAGCGUGCCCCGCCGUUCCUUCUUUGAACUCCUGGCUUGUCUUUCCCCACAUGCGCUGGAGCGGGAGAAGCUGCUGGAAUUCAGCUCUGCCAGAGGUCAGGAAGAGCUCUGGGAGUACUGCAAUCGACCCCGCAGAACCAUCUUGGAGGUGCUAAGUGACUUCCCACACACAGCGGGUGCCAUUCCUCCAGACUACCUUUUGGACCUAAUCCCUCGGAUCCGCCCACGGGCCUUCUCCAUUGCUUCCUCCCUGCUGGCUCAUCCCAGGAAGCUACAGAUCCUUGUGGCUGUGGUAAAGUACCAGACUCGCCUGAAGGAGCCCCGCCGUGGUCUCUGCUCCUCCUGGCUAGCAUCCCUGAAUCCUGGGCAAGGACCUGUCCAGGUGCCUCUGUGGGUACAGCCUGGGAGCCUUGUGUUCCCAAAAACACCAGACACACCCAUUAUCAUGGUGGGGCCUGGAACUGGUGUGGCCCCCUUCCGAGCAGCCAUUCAAGAGCGAGUGGCCCAUGGCCAAACUGGAAACUUCUUGUUCUUUGGCUGCCGCCAGCGGGAUCAGGACUUCUACUGGCAGACUGAAUGGCAGAAGCUAGAGCAGAAGGGCUGCCUGACCCUGGUUACAGCCUUCUCCCGCGAGCAGGAACAGAAGGUAUAUGUGCAGCACCGGCUCCGAGAGCUGGGGCCACUUGUCUGGGAGCUGCUGGAUGGCCAGGGUGCCUACUUCUACCUAGCAGGCAAUGCUAAAUAUAUGCCUACGGAUGUUUCGGAAGCCCUCAUGUCCAUUUUUCAAGAAGAAGGACAACUCUCCACCACAGAUGCAUCUGCCUACCUUGCCAGACUCCAGCAGACACUGCGCUUCCAGACUGAGACCUGGGCCUGAGGAACAACUUGCUAGCUCACACCCACACUAACAGCUGCAUUGUGGAGCCUGCAGGGAGUCUAGAGGGCCCAUUGUUACCUCUUGCUAUCUAAUCCCAGAACACUGGGACCCACAGUUUAGUUUUUUUUUGUCUAGCUGACCAGGAGGGCAGUCCCUGCCUACAGCCAAACUGAGUGGAACCCAUGUUCCAUACAUAGCCCCAGCCCAGUGCAGCCUGCACUCCUGGUUUUCUCUCAGACCCCUUCAUUCUGCCCCAAAUCUGCAUUAUAGUCCAUACCACCAAGGGCCAGCCCUCCAAGGGGCAUAGAGCUGUGUGAGAGCUACGCUGCCCCUCUGACCGCGUGCUAUUCCUUUUCAUCCCACAGCACCUAUGCAGCUCAGCUCAGUUGAAAAGCCACCAGGGCCAAGUCUCCUGAGCAUUGGGAAUGGGCAAAUCCGUCUGUGUUCAGGUCCAUAAACAUGAGUAAACUGCCUGGGUAGCCACUCA